GGAGUACCUGACCCGCACUACGGACGGCCUACUCGUUUCAGUAAAAGGCCGUUUCAGUUUCAGUUCAACGCAGACUUCAGUUCGAUACAAUUCCACAGAAGUACCGUUCGGUGUGAUCGGUGAUUCGUGUACGGUUUAAUUCGUUCAUUGUUCGAUAGUAUCCUGUGCGUGGUGAUGAUGUUGUGAUGCACAAUCCGAUGAUAUGGGGCGACUGAGCAGGAGUACGCCGUCGUUCAGAGUGAAUUACAGGAAAUUAGUGAACGAUUGCAGCAACAGUUGCGACAGUUUGAGGAUAAUGCCCGCCCUGCCGGACUUCUUCGCGUAUUCCUGCAGGCACUGCGGACACAGGCAGACGUUACAGGCCGAAGAAGUGAACUCGAUAGUCGGCAAUGCUUUCAAGAUGGCGUACGCCGCCCAGUUGCAGAAACAGGCCGGCUUUCAGGACGUAAUAGCCUCGUUGGAUCAGACCCAGCAGGAUAAAGUACUUUGGACGAAAGAACUGACCGCUCUGAAGAAAGACAAACUCCAGCAGCAACAACAACAACAACAACAACAACAACGCCGUCCAGGCGCGUCGGACAUGGACGCCGCGACGCUGCGCCUGGCGCCGCCCACCACCAUACCGGGCCUCAAGGCCAACGUCAAAUUGAACGCGCUGGGCCAGGACGCCGGCCAGGACUUCGACAGGAAGAACAACCGGUCGCGGUCGCAGCUCUCGACGCCCAGCAGCGACGAGAGCAACUCCCCCACCGAGAUGAACUCCUACAAGCGCAUCGCCGACAAGCCGCCGCUCAUCAAGCGCAUCGCCAUGGGCCUCACCGGCAACAGCAAUCACAGCGACGACGAUAGCUAUCCUUUGGUCAACGAUAACACCCCCAGCACACCCAACAGCCCCACGAACCGCCCCCUGUCCGGCGGCUACGUGAACGAGACCGAGGACUCGAAGAACCGCUCGAACAACGCCGUGGACCAUUUGAAGAACGAAUUGGCCGAGAACAAUUCGAACUUGGGCAAGCGCAUCGAGCCCGAGGCGAAGGCGGACGCCAAGGAGGGCAAGGACGCGAAGAGCAAGCGGAUAUCGCAGCUGAGCUCGAGCAGCUCGGGCUCGUGUCCGGCCGCCGGCCAGGAGAACAACGGGCUGAUCGGGUUCGCGCCGGCGCCGCCGCCCCUGCCCGAGCGGACGGAUUCGCUGAACAACAAAGAGGAGGGAGAAUUGAGAUUGGCUCCUUGGUUCCAAGCGGGCAUCCCUAGGGAGAUAGCGUUGGAGAUUCUCGCCCAAGAACCCGUCGGGGCCUUCAUGGUGCGAGAAAGUACCAGCAAACCCGGCUGUUUUGCUUUGUCCUUGAGAGUACCCAGGAGUUUCCAACCCACCGGCAUAGCUCACUAUUUAAUUGUCAAAGCUAAUAAAGGAUACAAAAUUAAGGGUUUCACGAAGGAAUUCACGUCGCUGACGUCGCUGAUCACGCACCAUUCGGUGAUGCCGGAGCUGCUGCCGUGCCCGCUGUCGUUGAGCAGGUACCACCCGAGCUUCGGCAAGUCCGAUUCGAAGAGGGACUUCGCCGACAUCGACCUGGAUCCGGACUACAACAGCCUGGCGGAUUUCAGGAAGAUGAUGGCCGAUCUGAACGUGUAGCCGAUCGGUGGCCUUGUUUGUACAGUGGAACGCGUUACUAGUCGAUUAAAGACGCAAUUUAUGUGUUACAAAUGUGAUAUAAUCUGUUCGGUAGGAGUUUGUGCGGAUGACGAAUGGCUGCUGUUGAGUUUUUGAAGGGUAUAUAUAUUUUUUUUCGUUUAUUGAUUUAUGCGGUUUUUUCACGUAGACUGGAUUGGAAGUAGACGGAGAAUUUUUUUGUACGAUGUUGAUGUCCGGAUAUUUAAUAAUAAUUAACAGUGUAUGAACAGUAAUCGAGAAUUAAUUUAUUAAACGGACUUUUAUUAACGUAGCUUUUUGGUAGCGGAUACACUUUGUUUCUUUUUAUUAUUGCUUGAUUUUAUUCAGUGAUUUGUUGGACCAAUGAAUAUCUGUUAAUUGAUAUUAAGAAGCUUAAUUUUCCAAAAAAAUAAAUAAUUAUAUUAAUUAGAAAUCGGAAUAUAUUUGGAAAUAAGCUUUUUUAGUACUUACCUAGUCCGUAA